CAAUAACCUGUUGGACACUGUUGGAGUUGUUAUAUUAUUAGGUAUAACUUUAUAAAACUUGAUUGUACGCUGCAUAGUCACGCACAAGACCCUACACUAACCGCUCGGCCGGCCGCGCUAUAACCUUCAUUGUUUACGCUAAUUUACCUCAGGCGUUUUUGUGAUAAUAAAGUGAGAGGUUACCGCUAGAGCCUACGGUACAUUACGUUAUUAGUUACUCCCUAGCACUGAAAGUGUACAGACGUUAUUAUGGCCAGCGGAAGAAUCGUUGUGUACGGCGGCCGAGGCGCGCUCGGCGCAGCCUGCGUCAACCACUUCAAAUCGGCUAAUUGGUGGGUCGCUAACGUCGAUCUGAACCCGAACGAGAAGGCCGACGUCAACAUCACCGUGCCUAAGGACGGCUCGUGGGUGCAACAGGAAGAAUACGUCGUGAACGAACUCGGAAACGCCCUGCAAGGUCAGAAAGUGAAUGCUGUGAUUUGCGUGGCGGGCGGCUGGGCCGGAGGGAAUGCCGCUAAAGAGCUUAGCAAGCAAGCGGAUCUUAUGUGGCGCCAGUCCGUGUGGAGCUCCUCUAUUGCCGCGACUCUGGCCGCCAAAUACCUGACUCCAGGUGGACUCUUGGCCCUUACCGGUGCUAAAGCAGCCCUGGAAGGUACCCCAGGCAUGAUUGGUUACGGCAUGGCGAAGGCUGCUGUCCACCAGCUUACAAAAUCUCUGGGUGCCAAGGAUUCUGGUCUUCCAGAAAAUUCUUUAGCAGUUGCCAUCAUGCCAAUCACAUUGGACACAGAAAUGAAUAGAAAAUGGAUGCCGAAAGCUGAUUUUAGUUCGUGGACACCACUGACCUUCGUAGCUGAGUUGUUUGAUAAGUGGAUCAAGGGUGACGAACGCCCGGCGAGUGGCAGCUUGGUUGCUCUUGUCACUAAAGACAAUGUCACUAACUUAAUUGUACAAUAGACAAUAAGAUAGCUAUAAGGGAAAAUGUAUUCUAUUUAAUUAAGGCAUUAUUUUGUAAUGUUUUAUUCCUAAAAUGUAAUGAGAAUGAUUCUGAAUCGUAAUAUUGUUUGGGAAAGAAAGUUAAACUUGUUUUUUAUGUGGUCAAAUUUGAAUGUUAAGUAUUUGUUUGUCAUUGUUAUAUACACAUUUAAUGUAGGUUGAAUUCAUUGUCUUUAUAAAUAUUAUAUUGUAUUAUGUCACAAAUGUUAAAAUAAAAAAAAAAUAUCAAUGCAUUUAUUUGCAUUUUUUGUCUCUAAAAUUAUUUUCUUUUGUAUAAAAGAGAGUACUUACCUAGAUACAACAUAUUAUCUCUAUUAAAUCUUGCCAACUUUAUUUGUUAUAGAAUUCUUGAUUCUAAAUGUAUCCAAAAUAAUAUAUGACAAUAAAGAAUGUAAUCUCAAAAUAAUAACUGAUGUAUGGUGCAUAUAAUAUGUGUUAGAUAUGAUAAUAAAAAUAUAUAAAAUUGAAGCAAGAA